AAAACGAUGCUUAGCUCUGUGACUCGACUGUAAUAGAAAUGCAUGGGAGGCACAAACGGGCUAAUUUUGGAAUUACUUUUAUGUAUAUAUUUUUUCUUUUGACAGAGCCCUCCAGUGAUUGUGCUAUACGCAAGGCUGAACAUGUGAUCAAGCUGAAACUGAUAUCAAUCAUCCAUCAUUGCUCUAACUCUCGGUGAGACAUCGAACGAGUGAAUUUCCCCAAGAAAUGUUAGUAUUCCUUAAAUGUCAUUAUCAAAAGCUUGAGAAGGAAGGAUCCUCAGUCUCAUGGGUCAGACUGAUUUGAAUUUUUCCUUUUAAUGUGAUUGAUACAAUUGUAAAGAUCACUGGUUCGUGGAUCAGACAGUCUUAGUGGAGAGCUCUGCAAUCAGCGCGGGACAGGGAAGAUCAAUGUGUGUGAUGGGACUGUUGUCGGGCCCAGCAGAGAGCAAAGAGUGCUGAUAUUCCUUUUGUCAUUCCGCUCGGUGUUUCAUCCUAUACAGAACACUGGCAGUGACUGGUUCCAAUGCAGAUCUUUGGGACCCAAAGUGCCACUUGUUUUCUAUUGUACAAGGUAAUUAACUGCAUUCUCCUGGUGUCUCAUGUCUAUUCAGUCCUCAUUAAACGGCUUGAAUGAAAACCAUCAGCACUCAAGCUCCUGAGAACCAGAGCUGGGAAACACCAGCACGCCUAUAGUAAGAACUGCAUUAACACAGAAUCAACUGGCUGUCAUUCAUGAAAGUGGUUAAGAUAAGUCCUUUGGGUGGGAAACGAUUAACCAGCAAUGUAAGGAUACUAUAUCUAAAAGGAGCAAAAUGCAGCAAUAUCUGGAGAAGGGAGAACGUGCAAGUAUUUCUUAUGAAGCACUUCCUUCUCCAAGUCUCACAGGAACUGCAUUACUUCAAAAUCACCUUAGAGCACUGACUCCCAUUUAUCAAGGCCAUCCACAAUUGGCCCACAGGGUGAGCGGCAGUCAACCGUAAAUCUAGAAAUGUCAGAUAAGGCAGCGUAUACAGCACUUCUGUUACCAAUUAUGUCUUAGCAAGCUUUGAUACAUGUAGUAGUUAUAGUCAAAGCAAAGAAGGGAAUCAUGAAGCAGCCAAUACCCCGCUGAUCUCAGCAACCUCUGCAGUUAGUUUCAGCAAGGCCUCAAAAUGACUGAUCCGGAUGGAAGGAAACUCUCCAUCCAGGGCCGGAUGGAGCUUAGUCAUGACUAGUGUGGCUUCAUUUUUCUUUCUGCUGAACAGUCUGUGGUGACUACUGGAUCCCCCCCCCCCCCCUUAUAUUCAUAAUCCCAAAUCCUGGUGCAUCACGACAUGGUGCUGCUCCACAGCCACAGCAGGAAACGUAGAGAAUGGUAAGCGUAGCAGCUUUGCUUCUCCCCACUGAGAGUUUUGCGACUUCACAAGCGAUCCAUAAUCAUCCUGUGUUAAUGUGAAUUCUUUGUAUGCAACAAUGAAAGGAAAGGAGGAACAGCGGGGAAAGAUGCGCAUACUGAUACAGAGCCAAAUUUUAAAUUAAGACAUGACUACAGGGUGCGUUGCUGUGUCUGAUCACCAUCCAGGAUGCCUCAAGGAGACACACAGGAGGAGUUGGUGGGGACAUUUGCUUGUAAAGAGCGCCACCUGAUGGUUGCAGCUCGUCCCUGCAGAAAAAAAAAGAAAAAAAAAAGUAACACUUGUAAUCUGAUAUUCUUUUUAAGAAUCGGGUGGAGUCUCACGCAAACAGCUGGGCGGACUCCCCACUGUCCGUGUGAGGGCUACACCUCCGUGCGCGUGUGUAAUAUCCUUCUCAACAAACCGUCUGUUUCAAGUGUCAGGCCGAUGAGAGCGUUUCAUGCGACUGUUGUCUAGAGCUGAGUCGCGCAAACUGUGGCGGCAGCUUUUUAGUGGCCGGCGACUUCUUAAAGAAGGUAAAGUAUCUGCUGUAGAGCUUUCGGUACAGAGCGCCUGCCAGGAUGAUUCUGGCGACAUUAAAAGGCAUCGGGAAGCAGCUGCUGCGGGUGAAGGUUGUGGACUGUAACACAGACGAGUCCCGCUUGUGUCGAUGCCUCAACACGUUCGACUUGGUGGCCCUGGGUGUUGGCAGUACGCUAGGCGCUGGCGUCUACGUGCUCGCUGGUGCCGUAGCCCGGAGCAGCUCUGGUCCUGCCAUCGUCCUCUCCUUCCUCAUUGCUGCCCUGGCUUCUGUCCUGGCCGGUCUGUGCUACGCCGAGUUUGGAGCCCGUGUUCCCAAAACUGGCUCGGCUUACCUCUAUAGCUAUGUGACGGUCGGAGAACUGUGGGCCUUUAUCACGGGCUGGAACCUCAUCCUCUCUUAUGUCAUUGGAACGUCAAGUGUGGCCAGAGCAUGGAGCGCCACCUUUGAUGAGCUGAUUGGAAAGCAUAUUGAGGAAUUUUGCAGACGGUACAUGACCAUGAACGCCCCGGGUGUCCUGGCAGAGUACCCAGACAUAUUUGCUGUCUUCAUCAUACUCACUCUGACAGGACUGCUUGUAUUUGGAGUGAAGGAGUCAGCAUUGGUAAAUAAAGUAUUCACCUGCAUCAAUAUACUGGUGCUGCUCUUUGUGAUCAUCUCUGGAUUGGUCAAAGGAAACCUGAAAAACUGGAGCUUGAACCCUGAAGAAAUCCUCAAUGCCACCACCAACUCCAGCCUCAAUGUGUCUGAUUCCUUACCAUCAAAGGAAAGUCUUGGUGAAGGCGGCUUCAUGCCUUUUGGUUUUUCUGGCGUCCUUUCUGGUGCAGCCACCUGUUUUUAUGCCUUCGUAGGGUUUGACUGCAUCGCCACUACAGGAGAAGAAGUGAAGAAUCCCCAGAGGGCCAUUCCUGUUGGGAUUGUGGCCUCGCUCCUUAUCUGUUUUGUGGCGUACUUCGGCGUGUCCGCAGCCCUCACCGUCAUGAUGCCUUACUACAUGCUGGACAAGAACAGUCCUCUGCCGGUGGCCUUUUACUAUGUGGGCUGGGAGGGAGCCACUUAUGCAGUGGCCGUUGGCUCUUUAUGCGCCUUGUCGACCAGUUUACUAGGCUCCAUGUUCCCAAUGCCCAGAGUGAUCUGGGCCAUGGCAGAAGAUGGCCUUCUCUUCAAAUGUUUGGCUAAAAUCAGCCCACGAACCAAAGCCCCUCUAACAGCUACAGUAACAUCAGGUGUUGUGGCAGCUGUGAUGGCGUUCCUCUUUGACUUGAAAGACCUGGUUGACCUCAUGUCCAUUGGCACCUUGCUGGCCUAUACUCUGGUUGCUGCCUGUGUGCUGGUCCUCAGGUACCAGCCUGAACAGCCCAACGUGGCGUAUGAGAUGGCCAACACUCAGGACGAGCCCGAAAUCGUCGAGACUUACAGCGAGGGGAACGCCGACAUGCUACCACAGCCGGAGGAUCGCUUCACCUUGAAGAAUCUCCUGUUCCCUUCAAACACAGAGCCGUCCCCGCUGUCUGGUUUUGCUGUCAACAUUUGCACUAGUAUACUGGGUGUUCUGGUGUGUGUCUUCAGUGUUGUAGCUGUUCAAGGAGGACUGGCACCCUGGUCACUGAGCGUCCUCAGUGUUAUCAUGCUGGUCUGUCUGAUUCUCACCUUCAUUGUGUGCAGACAGCCACAGAGCAAGACCAAGCUCGCCUUCAAGGUUCCCCUGCUGCCCUUCAUCCCAGUCAUUAGUAUGUUUGUCAACGUGUACCUGAUGAUGCAGCUCGACAGAGGAACCUGGCUGCGCUUCACCAUCUGGAUGGCCUUAGGUUUCAUCAUCUACUUCGGCUACGGAAUCCGAAACAGCGCGGAGGCAGUGUUGACCAGUUCUGACGCCUACCCGCCAAACUGCACAAUAAAAGGAGAGCCAAUGGGCACAGAGAAGCAGGCCUUCUUCCACAACGCACAGAACGCCACCGGAGACGACGACGAUGACGACGACGAAGAUUCCUGAGGAAACGGGAGGUUCACUGAUCCACUCUGGCUCCAAACAUCGACGUGUCAAACUCUCAAAAUAGCUACAAAUCCAGGGGAUAUGUGGAGACCUAUAUGCACCUGUUCCCUCAGAGCUUUGAGUUGAUUCCUAAUUCCAACCAAAUAUAGUGUCUAAUUUGGUAAGAGACAAAAAAAGAUUAAAAAAAAAAAAAAAGAGAGAGACAAGAUGAAUCUCCAUUCGCCUGAAAACCAAGAUUUUAGUUCAAAAAACAAAUCAAGCUGUGGAGAGCAACCAAAGGCAAAACCACAGGUAUGACGUUUUUUUCAAGGUAUGUACGAGCUGUACAGUACAAAUAAUCUUUUAAAUUUAAAACUUUAUUUUGGUUGCUUAAUCCACAGUAUAUCAGAAUGAUAUGAUGAUCCCCAUUCUUUUUUUUUUUUUUUAGAUAACUUAUAUGAACUUGAACUUUUUGAGAGUUCAGCUUAUGUUACUGCUCUCCCUCCUUGAAAUUGCUCAACAUUUCUGCAUGUUGGCUGUUUACACAAAAGACCUUAAAUGAAUUACAAAAGCUUUUUAAUGAAAUUAGGCUCAUCUUUUCCUUUGGCAAAUUUGCUCGCGUUUGGCAGAUGUCCUGGUAAAUGUUUGUCACUCAUCUUGCUGCAUUAGUAGGCACAGUGCCGGCUACUGUGUCCAAAUCCCAUGAAAGAUUAUUUUUUAAACCCAUAUUCUUUUAUUUCACACUUUUAAUUAAUUGCAUUAAUUAAGAAUCAGAAAUUAAUAAUCCUCAAACAUAGCUGAGAAUCUCACUGUAUCUUGAGUGGCUUUUGUGAGACACCGCACAGUUGUAGAUGAGAUGCCUCAGAGGUACAACUGUGUGUGGAAACAAUGCAUUUUGAUACUGAGGAAAGAUAUAGACAGCUGUACCUAUUUUAUACAUUGACUAUUUAGCAGAGAAAAACACAGCAUAGUGUUAUAUAUAAUCUGGUACACUACUUUGUUAUCGAUAUACUGUAUCUCUCCCACUCUCUGUGAAAGGGUUGAUGUUACUGGGAUUUGUCUUCGAGCUGAUUGAGGGUUUCCUCAUGGCAGACAUUCACCACACACACCAGUGUUGUCUCCAUCAGGGAAUUGCACUUUUUUUAACCAGUUUUAAAAAAAAAAAAAAAAAAAAAGCUGCUAAUGUGAAUUGAUUUAUCAGAUACUUUAGAGGAUGUAUUUUAAGUGCCUAUUUCCCAAAUGAAUGUUAAGCCUUUCGGGGUAUUUCUCUAAAACCAGCUGCAGUUGUGAAAUAUAUAUACUGUAUUGUCUGUAUAUAAUGUACACUUUUGAUUUUGAAAAGCCUAUAUUUAUAAUAUAUGAGAGAAAUUUAACGUUGCGUACCAUUUUCACUUUUUAGUUUGCAUACAUCCGCACGGGAUGAAGCACCGAACACCUUCGGUUUCCAAAAGCGAAACUCACUCGCUUUCAUUUUGAGAAAGCCAAAAAACUCAAAACUGUGUAUUCAGAAACAUAUCGCACCAACAGUAACAGAGUACCUCAUGCAGUAAUAUGUCUGGAAAUGCAUCAGACAGAUGUUAUUUACUGAUUAUGGGAAUGAGAGCUGAUAGUGAGUGUGUGCAAAUUCCCAGGGCAGCUAAAAUCUGAAUGCAACACGUGGAGGUAUGUGUGUUCACUAAAGACUGGAAAUGCAGCGGGGUGAAAAAUGUCUUCACUGAGUCCCUUUUUAAAUGAAUAUGAUGCAUUAUUUUUGUCGCUCUUCAUGCUCCAUAGAGAGAAAACUAUUGAUGUAACCUGAAGCCAAAUUCUGCUCAACGUAAUUGGAUUAUGUGUGAAAACAAUGAUCUAUUUAUUGACAGAGCUGCUGUAGAUUUUUUCUAUUGAUAGCAUUGAACUACAAUUUUAAAACACUAGAGGCUUUGUAAAUAAACUUUGUUGCAUUUUAAGUUACUGAAGCAGCAUUUUCAAACAAGAUUGAGCUGCAUAAAAUUACAGUUUUCCGUGCACUCAUUUCAAAGUGAAAUAUAUAAGGUUUGUUCUUUAUGAUAAAAUCACAUGCGUUAUAACCUGAAAUGUCAAUUUCCACAUUUUACUUUGUUUCUGUUUUUGUAAAUACAGUUUUGAUUUUGCUUCAAAGUUACUGCUCAAGUUACUAACCAACAGCUUUCAUCCAAAAAAAGCAUCAUGUGAAGAAAAUACACUGAUACGAACUGUGCCAACAGUAUUGUAGCUGUUACAAGAAAAUUGAUGUAAUGUGUUUGUUUGAAAGAACAGGGCAGAGACAUUCAUCAGGUGUUGCAGGUGUUUAUAGUCGCACAGUUUCACUGACACUGAUAAUGUCUUUUUCGGUAAAGGUGCUGUAGUUACAUGAAAAGUCGUGUCAGUCACAGUGUGACUUUUUGUCCCUGACACUCUGUUGUAUUUAAACAUUUGCAUGUUGAACGAAAGUAUUUUACAUAUAAAUUGUGCUGCUAAAUUAUAAAAACUAUCAGAGCAGUGAGGGUCAGCUGUUCAGCGUGUGUUGUCUUCUUAUUGGUUGCAGUUUGUUGUAUAGUUCCUGCUGUAAAUAAAUUAUGCUGAAAGUUAAAACCA